AUGACAGACUUUGAUCAAGAAAAUCUUCUAUCAAAUCUGACCGCUGAAUUGCUCGAUCUUCGAGCAUCUUUCGAAGAGUACAAAGUGGAUCAAGCUGAGAAUCUCGAUGCAUUCUUUCUCUGUACAAUGGCUGUAAUCAUAUUUUUAAUGCAAUGCGGUUUCGCGUUUCUCGAGGCCGGGGCAGUUCGAUCGAAAAACACCACCAAUAUCUUAUUCAAGAAUUUGCUUGAUUCAUUAUUCGCUCUCAUUUGUUACUGGUCGAUUGGAUGGGCGCUCGCCUAUGGGCCAAGCCAUGGUUUUGUGGGGAAAUUCAUCGGAGAGGGACAAUUUCUUCUCAUCAACAUACAUCGAACAUACACAAAAUUCUUCUUUCAAUAUGUCUUCGCCGCGACAGCUUCAACGAUUAUUGCAGGUGCCGUAGCUGAGAGAUGUGAAUUCUUGGCCUAUGUCGUUUACUGCUCUUGGAUUUCAGCAUUUGUUUACCCAAUUCUCACGCAUUGGGGAUGGGAUCCACAUGGAUGGAUGGCUGUUGGAGCCACCGUUGGCAAUACAACCAUUUCCUAUAUUGAUUUCGCUGGAGCUGGUGUUGUUCAUUUGUGUGGUGGAACGAUUUCAUUAGUGGCUGCGUUUUUUAUUGAACCACGAAUUGGGCGUUUCCCAAUUGGAUCCCCUCCAGUUGAGAUCAAGGGACACUCUGUGCCGUUUGCCGCUCUUGGCGGCUUCAUUCUAAUGUUCGGCUUCUUGGCAUUCAAUGGAGGUUCUACGGGUACCAUCAUGAAAAAGGGUUCUGGAUUGGAGGUUUCUCGAGCCAUGACUAAUACAAUUAUGAGUGGAACCACUGCCUCGUUCUCAUAUUUGAUACUUCAUUUCAUUCGAAAACGAAAUCUGAGCUUGUUGUUGACAAUAAACGCCUGUUUAACAGGGAUGGUCUCAGCUUGUGCAGCUUGCAAUCAAAUGGAACCGUGGGGAGCGAUUGUGACAGGGAUUGGGUCGGGGAUUAUUUAUAUGAUUUUAAGUGGACUUGUUGUUAGAUUUCGAAUCGAUGAUCCAUUGGAUGCGUUUGCAGUGCAUGCUGGAGGUGGAUCUUGGGGUCUCAUGUCGGCUACGAUCGUUUCACACAAGGGAAUCUUCUACACAAUAAUUGAUGGCUUUCGAGGGCGAACCUGGAGAGGAGCCGAUUUUGCGCAAGUUGGCUGGCAAUUGGCUUGUCUCACCGCAAUCAUUCUUUGGUCAAUGAUCACAACGAUUCCGAUAUUUUGGGGAUUAAGGAGAUUCGGAAAGCUUCGCGUUCCGGCAAUCAUAGAGAUCAAGGGAUUGGACAUCUACAAACAUGGAGAGGCAGCUUAUCCCCUUCAUGCAUAUGGCCAUGGUUGGGAUGAGCAUGAGCCGAUUCGAAGCAGAAAAGUCUCUACCGUUUUUCCAACGACUCCACGAGUAAUUGGAAAUCAGAUGAAUGAAUCAGAAAUCAUUAACGAAAUUGAAAAUGAACGUAAAUCGAGCACAAUCAGCGCACCAGUUCUUUUGGAGCAACUCGCUAGAGAGUCACUUCGGUCAAAUGGAGGAAAUCGCAAAAAUGGCAACACAAUGAUCUACCACAACCCGACUGUCUACGAGCACCCAGAGUUCCACUAUUUGGCUCGCUUCAAAAAAGCUGUUCAUCACCCAUCAAAAGCCGAAAAAGAGAACGGAAUCAACGAGAGGAAAUUG